GUCCAAUCAGGUUGGGUGGGCUUGUCCAACGUGUAGCUUACCAGUAGUUAUGUGGAAUGUUCAAGAUGUUAACAUAACAACGUAGCUAUAUAUUGAGCCAAAGUUGUUGGCUUUAAAACGAUGUAAAUAUCAAAUAGCUAUACUUGGAAUUUUCGUUCUAAUUAGAAGCGCUUCCUCCGUUGCUGAUCAAGGCCAAUAAUCAGUCACGUCAUAAACAGACAUACAAUUUACAAAGACAUGUACUCUAGCCCGGACGUCUGCCUAAAAUCUGGCACUCAACACAACAGCCGAAGUAACAGCAUCACUGAACUGCUGGGCUCCCUGUGUGACAGUAGCCUCACUGGGGUGUCAUGGAAACGCCGUGCCCUAGGAGGUGUGUCCAGAGAGGGGGUCCGCCGCACUCUCCGAAAGCGUGCUUAUGGGGCCCUGCUGUCCAAACUUUUCCAGGAGGGCUCCCCGAAAGCGUCCUUUUCAGUACAUAGUGCCCUCUCUACCACUCCACCCAGAAACAAGCUUCUGAUGAUUUCUUUUGACCUGCGUGUGGCGGGGUGUCAGGAUGAGGCAGAGAGGCUGGAGGAGCAGCUGGGGAAGCUGGGUGAGGGAACCGCCUCGGGCCUAAAGGAGCUGGACUCUGUGCUGGAGCUCCUGGUGCAUCUGACUGGCUCCUCGCCCCCACCACCGGCCUCCUUCAGUAGGGACUACAUGCGCAGGGAGAGACCAGUGCUGAGGCGCCCUCCGCUGGGCGGGUAUCAGAGUGAAGAGCUACAGAGGUUGGAGGCCCGAGCCUGGGCCCUGGUGUGUGGGGAGGAGUGGGGGUCCUUAAAGGGUCUGUGUGGUACUCUGGGUUUGAUGGACGCCCUUCCGGGCACCGGGCUGCUGGCGGUAAGGAGGAGGUCGGAUGUGGAGGAGAGGUUUGAAAAGGAGACCAGGAUGUCUCUGUUUGGAGCUCUGCAGCACACCCGUACCUCAGACCUGGACAUCCGGCUGGACCUGCCCCCUGUGCCCAGCAACGCUGAUGUCACUGGGCUAGUCAUAAGGGUGCCAGCCGGUUUGGACCAGUCAGAAGAUGAGGGCUUUCAGUCAGCCUCCAAUUUGACACCCGACUCCCAGUCGGAGCCCAGCCCCAGCCCGGAGUUUGAUGUCUGGGAUGCCCUCCGGACCUUUGAGCCGGGGAGACGUCGCUGCUGGGAGUCAGUUGGCUGCCCACCAGGGAAAAGGGAAGCCCUGUACCUGACUGAGAGCGGCAGGGAGGCUUUUGACCAGCUCUACAGGCUCUGGGAGGGGGAGAUGAGGGUGGUCAGUUCGGCACCUCUCUCGCCCCUCCUGCCCCUGCCGCUGGACUCCCAGACCCAGCUGGUCGGCGACCUUCUUAACGUACUGAUCGGUGUGGCGUCGACUACCUUCCCUCUCAACUCGGUGUGUGUGAACUUUGACGUCCGUCCCGGAGUGUGCGUGUCGGGAGCCUCGCCGGAGAGUGUGUCUCGUUUGCUGGGGGAGCCGGCUCAGUAUGGCACCCAUUACCUGAGACUUAGCCGCUUCGUUCUGCAGAGUACCCAUAAAAAAGGCCUUGUGUUCCAGGCGUUCACAGGUGGGCUGCGCAAGUACCUCCAUUACUACCGGGCCUGUGUUCUCAGCACCCCUCCCACACUCAGCCUGCUCACCAUCGGCUUCCUGUUCCGCAAAGUGGGCCGCCAACUCAGGUAUCUGUCAGAGCUGUGCUGUGUGGACGGGGCUUCUGGUGUGGGCCAGGCUACCUUCCCAUCGGGUGUAAAGCUGCUCUCCUACCUGUACAACGAGGCCCAGAGUAACUGCAGCAAUGAGAACUACCCUGUGCUGCUGUCCCUGCUGAAGAGCAGCUGUGAGCCCUACACCAGGUCAGUCAGUCACCCCUCCACAGACACUACAGACAGCUGUGAGCCCUACACCAGGUCGGUCAGUCACCCCUCCACAGACACUACAGACAGCUGUGAGCCCUACACCAGGUCGGUCAGUCACCCCUCCACAGACACUACAGACAGCUGUGAGCCCUACACCAGGUCGGUCAGUCACCCCUCCACAGACACUACAGACAGCUGUGAGCCCUACACCAGGUCGGUCAGUCACCCCUCCACAGACACUACAGACAGCUGUGAGCCCUACACCAGGUCGGUCAGUCACCCCUCCACAGACACUACAGACAGCUGUGAGCCCUACACCAGGUCGGUCAGUCACCCCUCCACAGACACUACAGACAGCUGUGAGCCCUACACCAGGUCGGUCAGUCACCCCUCCACAGACACUACAGACAGCUGUGAGCCCUACACCAGGUUUGUGUCAGACUGGGUUUAUAGUGGAGUGUUCCGGGACGUGUACGGGGAGUUCAUGAUCCAGGUCAACGAGGACUACCUCAGCUUCAGAGACAAGCACUUCUGGGUGCAGGGCUACACCUUGAUCUCCCGGGAGGUGGAGGACUGUGUGCCUGUCUUCCUGCGACACAUCGCCAAUGACGUCUACGUCUGCGGGAAGACGAUCAACCUGCUGAAGAUCUGCUGUCCCCAGCAUUACAUCUGCUGGUCGGAGCUGCCUGUGCCUCGCAUUGCUGUCACCUUCUCUAUGCAGGAGGUAGAGGAGAUAGAGAGGGACUGUGCUGUGUACCGAGGACGCAUGGAGAGGAUUGCCAAGCACAGCGCCACCAGCAGGGAAGAACAGGCCUUACGCACGGAGAUGGCACGCCAGGAACUGAUCAAUCAGGUCAGAGAGGCUGCCGCCAAAACCCUGGAGAGCAUCCGUGGGCGUCAGGUGUCUCAGCGUCUGGCUGAAGAGGCGAAGAAGAGGGAACGCUUUGAAGAGCUGAGGCAGCACCUGGAGCAGGAACAAGAGUGGCACAGUGCAGCCAAGAGGAAGGAGCAGGAGGAUGACUACAGCUUUGCCAGGGAACUGAGAGACAGAGAGAAGCGACUGCAAGCCCUGGAGGAACAGCUGGAGAUUACAGCCAGGAAGGAACUGAUUGCCCAGUACAGCCGCCUGUCAGAGGAAGCGGCCAAGAGAGAGUGGCGGGCCAUGUGGAGGCUCCAGCGAAUGAGACUGAACGAGGCCCGGGUCCAGUUCCUACAGAACAAACACCAACUGACCCAGUCUGUUCUGGAGAAGUAUCCUCUGGGGGGCCACAGACCCCCUCUGGAAAUACUGCAGCCAGCGUCAGCCCAGACCAUUCACUUGUUAGCACAGGAUUCUUCAGCCCCAGGCAAACCGGAUCAGUCAGUGGAGCCAACCCAAACCCUGGCAACACUUCCUUACUCCCCCUCUCCACCUCCACCCCCUUCCCCCUCUACCACCAUCAGCCCAUCCCCCACCGUAGUGGACAUCGACCUCAACGACUUCCUGCCCAAGCCACCAGACAGCCGGCAGGUGGACCGGGCCCUGCAGGAGAUUGGGUCAGAACUCCCGGAAUCUCCCGCUCCACUUAAACCGGUAGACUAUGACUUUAGUGCCCCCUACAGUCCCCUGGAGGGAGUGACUGCCCCGGCCCUGACUCGACCUCGCUGGAGUCCCGCAGUAGAGCCUGAGGUGGCCCAUCCCCGACCCCACAUCCCACUAGGUCCUCCCGAGUCCACCCUGGGCAUAGGUUGUGUAGUAUCUGGGACAGAAGCUCUCCCUUCUGCUCUACCUAGAAGUACCUACGGCCAUUCUUCGGACUCCACCUUGGGCGGAGGGUGUGUGGUGUCAGGAAGCGGGGUCCAGGAAGCCUUGCCCAGACCGAGUUCCAGUGGCCUGGUCUUGCAGUCCAGCGUCCCCAUGGGGCAGUACUCCUCUGAUGUGCCCCUGGCUCUCUGCACAGCCAACGCCCAUGGACACCCGUCUCUAAGCACAGUGUUGCUGGCGGAUGGAAGUGAGGCAGAGCAGACAGACGGCAGGCAGGAGAAAACCGAAGACACCCCAGCCCCGUCAGCUCCAGAGGUCAUGGGAACACAGCCUGAGGGACAAGAGGAGCAGGCUACUGGUUCUCUGAGGGAGGGUGCCGCAGCAUCUAGCCCAAAGAAGGGCCUUGAAGCUGGGGAUGGCCCAGAUCAGCCCCCCUCUAUCUCGGGACCCUCCAAGGGGCCUGAACUCCCUACUUCUAAGGUUUAUGGCCAUGCUUCAAAAGGUCAUAUUAAGAUAGGGGAGCAUGUUUCAGAUAUGGACAUGCCUCUCCCCUCUCGAAACCUUCACGGUCAUUCGUCUGAUGCUAACAUGAAGGUAGGAGAGUUGGUAACGGCGGUGAUUUCUCCAGUUCCAACUGCAAGUGUCCACGGUCAUUCCUCUGAUGCCCAUAUCAAGAUUGGAGAGCACAUUUCGGAAGUGGCUUCGGCCCUUUUCACGCAGAACGUCCACGGCCAUGCCUCGGACGCUCACAUUAAAGUCGGGGAGCACAUGUCUGAAGAGGUGGCCUCCGUACCCACCCAGAACGUCCACGGCCACUCAUCCGACACUCACUUUAAAGCGGGCGAGUUUGUGUUGGAUGCAGACCCCUCCCAACCGCGCUGGAGCAAGCACGGCCACGCCUCUGACUGCACACUUCAAGUAGGCUGUGUAGUAUCAGGCACAGAGACAGUCCUGCCCCCCUUACCUGGCAGCACCUACGGCCAUUCGUCUGACUCCACCCUGGGCGUAGGCUGUGUUGUAUCGGCGACAGAAGAUCCCCGUUCUCCUCUAUCUGGAAGUACCUAUGGCCAUUCUUCGGACUCCGCCAUGGGUGGAGGGUGUGUGGUCUCUGGCGUUGAACCCCUUCGUGCUCCCCUGCCUGGCAGUACGUUCGGACACUCCUCCGAUUCGACUUUGGGCGGAGGGUGCGUGGUGUCGGGGGCUGCCGCCGUUCCCUCUCCGAUGCCAGGAAGUGAAUACGGACACUCGUCAGAUUCGGCCAUUGGUCCCGGGUGCAUUAUAUCCGGGACGGAACGGCUCCACCCGCCUCUGCCCGGCAGCGCGUACGGUCACUCGUCUGACUCCGCUCUGGGCGCGGGGUGUGUGGUGUCCGGCGUCAGCCCUCAACCCGGGCCGAUUCCCGGCGGUGUUUACGGCCACAGCUCGGACUCCGCCCUGGGAGGGGGCUGCCUGGUGACGGAGACGGGUAACGAGUAUGACGCCAGGACCCCGGAGCAGCAGGAGCAACAGCGGCUGGCCGAGGGCAUCUCGUCCUGGGCGGCGGGCCUGCCUUUGUCCCCUGGAGACAGCUCGGAGAGGGAGUACCUCCGAUCCCUGGCAGCUCAGUACCAGGUGGAGCAGUAUGAGGACUGCUACAGUCUCAUGACGCUGGCCCCAGAGUGUCACCCCUUGCAUCAGGUGACGCGGGGCCCCUGGGGCCUCCCGGUGGAGCCGUCGCUACGCAGGGCCACAGACACCACUGUGGUGCAGCUCAGUGGGAUGGUCUCUCUGCCCGUCCUCAUGAAGCACUCCGUCACCACCCCGCUCAUCACACACGUGUCCUUGGUGAACAAGGCAGUGGUGGACUACUUCUUCGUAGAGCUGGGGGUGGAGAGGCACUUCGAGGCCCUCAGGCACUUCCUGCUCAUGGAGGAUGGCGAGUUUGCCCAGUCUCUCAGCGACCUGAUCUUCGAAAAGAUGGGUAGUGGCCAGACCCCUGGGGACCUGUUGACCCCGCUGGUCCUCAACUCUAUUCUGAGUAAGGCUCUUCAGUACAGUCUGCAUGGAGACAGCGCUCUGGCCCCUAACUUCACCUUCGCCCUGCGCUUUCUCCCCGAGACCUUCCACCCUCACGCCCCCGACGCACUCAACUGUCUGGAGCUACGCUACAAGGUGGACUGGCCGUUAAACAUCAUCAUCACUGACAGCUGUAUAAACAAGUACAAUCGUCUGUUCUCCUUCCUGCUGCAGCUGAAACACAUGGUGUGGAGCCUCCGAGACGUCUGGUUUCACCUGAAGAGGACUGCGCUGGUGAAAGGGGCGGGCCGCUCGGUUCAGUUCCGCCAGCUGCAACUCUACAGACAUGAGAUGCAGCACUUCGUGAAGGUAAUCCAGGGCUACAUCGCCAACCAGAUCCUGCAGGUGUCCUGGUCAGAGUUCACCACCAAGCUGGCCGGCGCCUCCGACCUGGACGCCAUUCACCGCACACACGCCGACUACCUCAACAGAGCCAUCUUCAGGGGUCUGCUGACGGAGAAGGCAGCUCCAGUCAUGAAUAUAAUCCACAGCAUCUUCAGUCUGAUCCUUAAGUUCCGGGCACAGCUAAUUGCACAGCCUUGGGACAGCCAGCAGGGGGAGGCGGUGCACCCUAGUUUCAUUGCCAUGCAACAGUCAUAUAACACCUUUAAGUACUACUCCCACUUUCUCUUCAAAGUGGUGACCAAGCUGGUGAACAGAGGAUACCAACCUCACCUGGAGGACUUCCUGCUUCGCAUCAACUUCAACAACUAUUACAAAGAAUCCUGAACGUGUGUGUGUGUUGUAGAUAAG